UUCCCGCGGUGGGCCCCGCCCCCUGGCCAAUCGUACCAGCGCUCGCCGGAGUCCAGAUUCUCUUUGUUCCGCAGCCAUUUCAGGCCUCGGACAGGAGGCAGCGCCGCUACGGCAGACGGCCCGAGCACCGGAGGCCUCUGGGAUGGUGUGGGACCGGCAAACCAAGAUGGAGUAUGAGUGGAAACCUGACGAGCAAGGGCUUCAGCAAAUCCUGCAGCUGCUGAAGGAGUCUCAGUCCCCAGACACCACCAUCCAGAGAACCGUGCAACAAAAACUGGAACAACUCAAUCAAUAUCCAGAUUUUAACAACUACCUGAUUUUUGUUUUGACAAAAUUAAAAUCUGAAGAUGAACCCACACGAUCAUUGAGUGGUCUCAUUUUGAAGAAUAAUGUGAAAGCACAUUUUCAGAACUUCCCAAAUGGUGUAACAGACUUCAUUAAAAGUGAAUGUUUAAAUAACAUUGGUGAUGCCUCUCCUCUGAUUAGAGCCACCGUAGGUAUUUUGAUUACAACCAUAGCCUCUAAGGGAGAAUUGCAGAAUUGGCCUGACCUCUUACCAAAACUCUGUAGUCUGUUGGAUUCUGAAGAUUACAACACUUGUGAGGGAGCAUUUGGUGCCCUUCAGAAGAUAUGUGAAGAUUCUGCUGAGAUUUUAGAUAGUGAUGUUUUAGAUCGUCCUCUCAACAUCAUGAUUCCAAAAUUUUUACAGUUCUUUAAGCACAGUAGUCCAAAAAUAAGAUCUCACGCUGUCGCAUGUGUCAAUCAGUUUAUCAUCAGUAGGACUCAAGCUCUAAUGUUGCACAUUGAUUCUUUUAUUGAGAAUCUCUUUGCAUUGGCUGGGGAUGAAGAACCAGAGGUACGGAAAAAUGUGUGCCGGGCGCUUGUGAUGUUGCUUGAAGUUCGAAUGGAUCGCCUGCUUCCUCACAUGCAUAAUAUAGUUGAGUACAUGCUACAGAGGACCCAAGAUCAAGACGAAAAUGUGGCUUUAGAAGCCUGUGAAUUUUGGCUCACUUUGGCUGAGCAACCAAUAUGCAAAGAUGUACUUGUAAGGCAUCUUCCUAAGUUGAUUCCUGUGUUAGUGAAUGGCAUGAAGUACUCAGAUAUAGAUAUUAUCCUCCUUAAGGGUGAUGUUGAAGAGGAUGAAACGAUUCCUGAUAGUGAACAGGAUAUAAGGCCACGUUUCCAUCGAUCAAGGACAGUGGCUCAGCAGCAUGAUGAAGAUGGAAUUGAAGAGGAAGACGAUGAUGACGAUGAAAUUGAUGAUGACGAUACAAUUUCUGACUGGAAUCUAAGAAAAUGUUCUGCUGCUGCCCUAGAUGUUCUUGCAAAUGUGUAUCGUGAUGAGCUUUUGCCACAUAUUUUGCCCCUUUUGAAAGAAUUACUUUUUCAUCAUGAAUGGGUUGUUAAAGAAUCAGGCAUCUUGGUUUUAGGAGCAAUUGCUGAAGGUUGCAUGCAAGGCAUGAUUCCAUACUUGCCUGAGCUCAUUCCUCACCUUAUUCAGUGCCUCUCUGAUAAAAAGGCUCUUGUGCGUUCCAUAACGUGCUGGACUCUUAGCCGCUAUGCACACUGGGUAGUCAGCCAGCCCCCAGACACGUACCUGAAGCCAUUAAUGACAGAAUUGCUAAAGCGUAUCCUGGAUAGCAACAAGAGAGUACAAGAAGCUGCCUGCAGUGCCUUUGCUACCCUAGAAGAGGAGGCUUGUACAGAACUUGUUCCUUACCUUGCUUAUAUACUUGAUACCUUGGUCUUCGCGUUUAGUAAAUACCAGCAUAAGAACCUGCUCAUUCUUUAUGAUGCCAUAGGAACAUUAGCAGAUUCAGUAGGACAUCAUUUAAACAAACCAGAAUAUAUUCAGAUGUUAAUGCCUCCAUUGAUCCAGAAAUGGAACAUGUUAAAGGAUGAAGAUAAAGAUCUCUUCCCUUUACUUGAGUGCCUAUCUUCAGUUGCCACAGCCCUGCAGUCUGGCUUCCUUCCAUACUGUGAACCUGUGUAUCAGCGUUGUGUAAACCUAGUACAGAAGACUCUUGCACAAGCCAUGCUGAACAAUGCUCAACCAGAUCAAUAUGAGGCUCCAGAUAAAGAUUUUAUGAUAGUGGCCCUUGAUUUGCUCAGUGGCCUGGCUGAAGGACUUGGAGGCAACAUUGAACAGCUAGUGGCCCGAAGUAACAUUCUAACACUAAUGUAUCAGUGCAUGCAGGAUAAAAUGCCAGAAGUUCGACAGAGUUCCUUUGCCCUGUUGGGUGACCUGACAAAAGCUUGCUUUCAGCAUGUUAAGCCUUGUAUAGCUGAUUUCAUGCCAAUAUUGGGAACCAACCUAAAUCCAGAAUUCAUUUCAGUCUGCAAUAAUGCCACAUGGGCUAUUGGAGAAAUCUCCAUUCAAAUGGGUAUAGAGAUGCAGCCUUAUAUUCCUAUGGUGUUGCACCAGCUUGUAGAAAUCAUUAACAGACCCAACACACCAAAGACGUUGUUAGAGAAUACAGCAAUAACAAUUGGUCGUCUUGGUUACGUUUGUCCUCAAGAGGUGGCCCCCAUGCUACAGCAGUUUAUAAGACCCUGGUGCACCUCUCUGAGAAACAUAAGGGACAAUGAGGAAAAAGAUUCAGCGUUUCGUGGGAUUUGUACCAUGAUCAGUGUGAAUCCCAGUGGAGUAAUCCAAGAUUUUAUAUUUUUUUGUGAUGCUGUUGCAUCAUGGAUUAACCCAAAAGAUGAUCUGAGAGACAUGUUCUGUAAGAUCCUUCAUGGAUUUAAAAAUCAAGUUGGGGAUGAAAAUUGGAGGCGUUUCUCUGACCAGUUUCCGCCUCCCUUAAAAGAGCGUCUUGCAGCUUUUUACGGUGUUUAACUUCAUACACUUAAGCUGCAGUCCCAUAAUUAGGGGUCCUUCAGUCUUGGAGACCAUGAGGGAGCCUCUGCACCCAGGGAAAAUGUUACCCUUUACAGGGGGGAAGGGUAAACCAGUAGGGAAUACAGUACAAUCCCAACCCUACUGGGAGGGGCGGGAGGGAGGUGUUGCUGUAUUAAGUCGAUGUUGGGAAACGUUUUAACAUCAUCUGGAGCCUUUGUGGGUGAAAAUCUGUCUCCAAUUACAACUUCGCACUGGAUGUGAAGAAGCAAAAACAAAAAAAACCUGUUUAUUCACAAAACAUUACAUUCUGGAAUAUUAAUGGGGAAUUGUACCAAAACAAGAACCAUAUAAUUGAUGCAUAGAGAUAAGAGAGGAAAAUUUCUAUAGCACACAAUAAAGGAAACCUAAGAAUAGCAGUUACAAACAGUAAAGAAGCUUUUUUUUUUUUAAUUUAAAGGUUUUUAUAAAUUUUCCCACAUGAUGGGACCUCGUUUUUGCAUGCUGAUAAAGAACUACACAAAAGAAGCUAAUAGAAUUAAAAUCAGCUUGCCUACCCAUAAUAGAAGCAGGUUCUUGGAAGUUACAAUUUAAGGUAUCCCCCAAAAAGUUGGAAAUAAAAAAAAACUAAUUUAAACAAUGAAGCACCCUGUGAAAUGCCAAAUGAGUCACUCCUUUUACCUUUGUGGGGUGGGCAGGGAGGGAGGAAUAAAUGGGGUUGGACAUAUCAAACUAAAGAUUGAACUCUCGAUUUUGCAUUAAAACAUUAAGGUAGUGGGUAUAAUUUGAUGGUUGUACUUCAUUAGAUUUAAUUUCUAGGCCAAGAUGUUAUUUUUAAAGUGCAGUUUUAAAGUUCAGGCAUGCAUUCUGGCUCCUAGUGAUUGAAAGUAAAUUAGUGGGAAAGUAAGUAGCAUGCUUGCAUCACAUAGAGUGAGUUUGGUAUUCAUUUACCUCUGUUGCGCCAGUUUGUGUUGCAGUUUACCAAUUCAAUAUAGCCCUGCAUUUAAAAUUCCUUUUUAAGAUUUGUGGAUUUUAUUUUUAUUAAGAAUAUAGAUAUAAAGUACUGUAGUUUACAGCUAGGCCUUGAAAUACCUUUUUAGGAUCUGUUAGGAAAUAAGAUUGAUAUUGUAUUGUGUGUAACCUGCACAAUGUGGAAAGCUGAUAUACCUGUGCAAAAUCUUUGCCUCUGUGCUGUCAAGUGUGAUGUGCUUUCUGCAUGGUUAUAUACUAGUGAUUUUAUCAAAACUUCUAAAACUUAAAUUACAUGGUAAAAGAUCUGUAAGAGGCUGCAUAAGUGUUAGUUGGCACAUAAAGACAAAUGUAGAAGUUGAAGACAUGAUUGCUAUAUUUCAAUGUUUAUUCCCACUCAACAUAUUGCCUUCUAAGCUUUCUUUUUUUGUUCAAAGCAUGAUCUUAAAGAUAUGUUUAAGUUAAUGGAUGUAAUGCAGGGUUCCUACACUGUAUUGGCGCAUGUUGGUGGCCCUCUGUGCCCUAAGUAUAUGCACACAGGGUGCAAGUAAAAAGCUACAGAGUGAAAGUUGAUUUGGAUCCUCUUCAUUUCAUUUGUUUAGCUUUUCUGUUAUUUUUCUCUACUUACAUGUAUUCCUGUGAAUAAAUCCUUGUUAAGUUAACCCUUUACUUUUCCUUCCAUGUGUAUUUUCUUAUAUACUGUGAAUGUGAAAACCUUAACUGGUACACUUGAUCUUGUGUCCAUAUGAAAGUGCAAGUCUUUAUUAAUUUGGAUUGCCUGAACAGUGUAUCCCAUGAUGAUGAAGGAAAAUGGAGAGAUUUUUCUUUUUAACUCUGCUGGUCAGAGAUGAAGCCACACCUUUCCAUUUUUCAAUGCUGCAUAUUUAAUCUGCAACAAAAAUGUUAAGCCAUAACAACCUUUUUAUAUUUUAGUUUGUCACCUUUGCAUUGCAGAAUAAAUACUGAAUAACCAUUUUUAUAAGCAGUUGCUCCUCUUUGCAUGGUUCUGUUCUUCUAAAAGUGUUGAAUGAUACAGCCAUUGCACUGAAGUUUGAGCUGUAUGCGUGUGAAUUUAUAAAUACCGUUUUUAAAAAUUUUAAAUGCAUGGUAGCAUGCAGAAAGGUUUUUGUUAUUGUGUGUGUGCGUGCGUGUGUAUGUAUGUGUAUGUGUGUUUUAACAUGUUCUUUCACCUUUCCUGUACUUUGGCUUUGCAAAUUUCAGUGUGUAGAGCCUGAAAUUAUAUUUUCUAAUGUCCUUUUUUUUUUAUUUUAUUUUUAUUAAAGUUGGAUCCAAAGGGUAUAUAGCAUUUUUCUUUCAACUACCAUUGCUUCACUGGGAGCUCAAAAUUUGCCUCCUAGUAAGUCUUUAAAACCUGAUUAGGGGUACCUAUUUUAUCCUUAAAUUCUAAUGAUAUUGUGUAGUGUUCUGAAGACUUCUUAGAAUUUAACAUGGGAGAUAUUUUAAUAUUCUAAAAUAGGUAGUAAGUAUUUUAAAUUGAAAGAAAUGGCAAAAUUCUCUAAACACUUUAAAACAAACAUAAAAACAACCUUCAAUAAAGUUAUCUGGAUCUAUGAUUGACAAUUCUAUAUUGACUAGAAAUGCAAUAUUGUCACCUCCUUGAUUAAAAAUUGGUUUCCAAUUAGGCAGAUAUGUAACAUAAGAAUGCUCAUUUUUUUAGUCAUUUAACCUGUUUUUAAAUUUAAAGAAAUUUAAUUUAAAAAUAGAAAAUAAAAUUAAGUAAAUAUGACUGGCAACCUGAGAUUAGGUUGUGGUUUUUGGGGGUACCCCCCCCUUGAGGUUAUUGUUUCUUCCUAAUUUAUAUUUCAGAUACAUAGUAUAGCAUAGGAAUUUGCAGAAGCCAUUUAAGUUAUCUUUUGAGGUAAGCUCUGAUUUAGCAUUUAUUGUUCUGAUAAAACUUAAAACAUCAUGGGAUAUAUAUAUAUAUAUAAAAGCAACUUAAUUCUUGUGUAGUCUUAAUAGUGUUGAAUGUUGACUGAAUGUCUAUGAAUUGUGAGUGUCUUUGUUACAUUCCAGUGUUUCUGCCUCUUGGCAUGCUUAAAGCACGGCUUACUUCAUCUGCUCCUUACACACUAAAGUGCUGUUAGUGUGCUCAACUACAGAAAUAGCCGCUGCUAAGUGAUGUAGAUUUUCUACUUGAAUAUUUUUAUGUUGUAGGAACCUCAGGAGGUCAGUGUUUACUGUUUUAUAUAUGCCUUCUUUUUCCUGUUCAAGCUUCUCUCUUUGAAGGAUUCUAACAGAACAAAAGCUGCUGAUCAACCUAAGUUGGAAACAGAAAGUGUAUUUAAUAUAAUUUAAAUGCAUGUUUGGCAGUUCCAUGUUAUAAUCCAUUAGUAAGUGAACUUAGUGCCACAGAUACUCAUUUAUUCAGGAAAAAAAUUGCUUUUUGUAUUGUCUAAUCUUUAAUAAUAACUUCAUACUAUGUAAAAAAAAAA